AUGGGGGCAAAGUUCUAUUUGGAUAUCAUGGAUCGUGGGCUCAUUGCAUUAGAUCAUAAGGAUGCCGCACGUCUUUUCCGGCACCAAUCUUCUUUCAAGAAAAUGGAAUUGUGGCCGCUAGAAGGUGAAUGUGCAAGAGUUAGAGAUUUGGUUGAAAACUCAGGUUUGUACAAUGUCGUUCUGAACUCUGUGAUUUCCUAUGACAAGGUCGCAGUAUCUAGUUUCUGUGAAAGGUAUUACGCUGAAGUCGACACAUUCCAACUUCCUUUUGGUGAGAUGGCGAUAACUCCUGAUGGCGCAGAACAGAUAUUAGGGUUGCAGGUCGAAGGCAAAUCAACCGGUGAGAAGUUCAAGAGAAGGCCUAGUUGGGAAGACAUCUAUACAUGGACCAAGAACUUGUUUGGCUGGGAUUUCGAGAAGACUAAUGGGAUUUUCGAGAAGGGACCUAACAAAGGUAACCGGGUGAGCGCCAACCUUCUUCAGCUUUUGGAUCCCUUGGAAUAUGUGAGCAAGUACUCUUGGGGGACUGCCAUAAUUGCACACCUGAACGGUCAUCUUUCUCAGGGAUCUCGCAAACUAACUUCUCAAAUUAAUGGGAAUUUGGCUCUAAUCCAGGUGUGGAUUUAUGAUCAUUUCCCAUCACUGAUCAAAGAUAAUGAAGAUGUGGAACUCAACCCACAAUGGAGCAAAGGUAGUCCAACGGGAACCAAAUACUUUUUCACUGGUUCUCAAGAUAGGAACAAACUGAUGCGUUGA